AGAAAUACAUAAAUAAGUAAAUGUAGCUGUACAAACUUAUAGCAAUAACUUUAUGUAUCUACAUGUCACAUGUAUAAAUACAAACAGUACUGUUGAACUUAAAAAGAUCAAUAUACAGCAGCUGUAUCAGGGGGGCCAUGGCCCCCUCUGGCACCCCGUGUAGGUGCCACUGCCGACUUGGUUACCACAGUCAUAUUUUCUCCACUUUUAGCAUAAAAAUGCAUCUCUGCAGAGGGAGUAAACACCAAUAAGGAUCACUGCAUCAGAUCAUAUACAAUGCAUUGGUUUGUUGAAACUCUGACAUCAUGUCCUCUUCUUUUUUAAGGCGGUCUAAUUUGUCGAGCGCUUCUCUCCAUGGCUUCAGAUCACAACGUGCACACCUUUGUUUCACUGUCCUCCCCGCUGGCCGGGCAGUAUGGAGACACAGAUUACCUGAGGUGGGUUUUUCCUCACUGGAUGAAGAAGACAGUGUUUCAUAUUUGCUACAGCAAAGUGGGACAGAAAGUGUCUAUCUGCGACUACUGGAACGACCCUCACCAUAGGUCCCGCUAUCUGCAGAGCAAUGACUUUUUGGUGAGGCUUAAUGGUGACAGACCUCACAACAACAUGAAAG